AUGAGUUUAAGUCGUCUAAGGAUUGCUUUGAGAAGCGAUUUGGUGAAAGUUACUCCAUCAAGCUCGGUGGUUGCGAAAAUUUGGGAACCUUGCACGAGAGAAGUUAAUACUAGUAGUGCGCAAUAUGCUGCUGUUUCCCAACAUAAUACUAAGCCCGAUUGGAACAGAGCUGUGAGCGAAGCUGAGAAGAUAGUCGGAUAUCCAACCUCCUUUUUAAGUUUAAGAUGGGUUUUGAGCGACGAGAUUGCUAACGUCGCCCUACAUUUGCGCAAAUUAGUGGGAAGUAAUCAUCCGCUGUUGAAAACUGCGAAAAACUUAAUUUACAAUGGCAAGAACAAUAUGCAAGCUUGGGGUCUCAUUGUACUCUUGGUGUCUAAGGCUGCAGGACACAGUCCUGAAAUACCAGACAUGGAACAGGACAAAGCCGCUGGAGUUUUGCACAGCCAGCGGGCCCUCGCAGAAGUAACAGAGAUGAUUCGCACAUCACAUCUGGUCCACAAGGGCCUGGUCAACAUGAACUCUCGUCGUCCCAUCGAAGAACCAGACAACAUGAUGUUUGGGAAUAAAAUCGCUCUGCUCAGUGGAGACUAUCUGCUUGCGAACUCUUGUACGGAGCUGGCUAAUUUACGGAAUCAGGAGCUGGUCGAACUAAUGUCUUCGGCUGUGAGAGAUCUGGCUGAAGCGGAGUUUUUAGGUGAGAGAGACGAGCAAAACAACCCGCUACCGUCACGCCCUCUACCCGUUGACCAAAGAGAACCUGCUGCAGACUGGGACUGCCUCACAUCGCCGCUGCCUAUGGCUGGCGUGGCUGGAUGCGCUCGUCGCGAGUGGGUUGCAAGACAUGUUCUAGCUGCUGGAGCUUUGCUGGGCAAGAGCUGUUCUGCGGCACUUAAGCUUGCUGGCCACGAACCAGCUUUACAGAAUAAGGGUUACCUCUUUGGCUGCCACCUAGCUUUGGCGUGGCAAGCUUUCUUAGACCUGGAAGCAUUCACAGGCCCUGAGCCAACCAGUUUUUCUUUAGUAGGAGCUCCACUCGCCUUUACCUUGGAAGCGAGACCCGAACUCUAUUCAUAUAUUGAGGCUGGUCGGAAGAGCGUGCAUGACGUUGACUAUCAUGCUUUAUACGAAGCUAUAACAGCCGGCAACGGUAUCGAGCAGACCAAAGCUUUACAGCGGGAGCACAUUUCGCGCGCGUGCGACGUCCUCGACAGUUUUCCGAAUUGUGACGCGCGGACCGCGUUGACUAACAUCAUUGUGGCUAUGCAUCCCUAA